AUUAAAACAUGGCGGACGCAGAUACAUUGAAGUCUCUAAAUGGGUUAUUAAAUGGCAUCGCACAAAAGGUUUAUUACAAUAAAUUGGAGAUAACCGAGGACCUGCUGAAAAAUGAACUUUAUCCUGACCUGUCUCAAGAGGAAUUCCAUGCAUUGCACGAAAAAAUGAAAGGCCUUGUAAAGUCCAUCGCCUCGGCUGACAUGGACCAGGCUCAGCUGGAGGCCUUCCUGACGGCCCAGACCCGCAAGCAGGGCGGCUCGGGCGGACUGAGCGGCGAGCAGGCGGCCGCCCUCUCCCGCUUCUGGAAGGGCCACAGGGCGCGCGUGCGCGACAGCCUGGUGGCCCAGAGCCGCUGGGAGCCCGGCCUGCGCGGCCUCAGCUGGAGGGUGGACGUGCAGGCGGCCAGCAGCCGGGGCGGCGACGGAGGAGGAGGAGGAGGAGGAGAGGCGGCGGCGGGCAACGCCGUGGCACUGGUGGAGCUGGAGCUGGGAAGACAAGGAGAGGACUCUGACUUUGUGUGUUUGGAGUUUGACGAGACGAAGGUGAACCAGGUGCUAAAGAAGAUGGCUGAGAUCCAGGAGAGCAUUGACAGCAUCGUUCACAAAAGCUAGUUUGUGUGUAUGUGUCUGUUUCUGUCUGUCUAUCUGUACAAAUAUUCUUUUAUGUCAGCAUGUGUGAAUGCAUUUUUGUGUGUGUGUGUGUGUGUGUGUGUGUGUAUGCAUUUUUGUGAGUGUGUGUGAGUGUGUUUGUAUUCCUGGAGUGUGUGUUUAAGUCUGAAGGGCCCCUUACAGGUGGCUUGUGCAUUGUAUAGUGAAGAGUGAGUGUGUACACAUUUAUAUGUUGAAUGUGUAUCUUGCACACCCAUGUCCAGAUUCCAGCACUUUCAGUUUAGUACGCAAUUACAACGUCUGCUGAAUGUCACUUUUUUUCCCGAUGCCUUUUGUGUUGUUUUUUUUUCAUACAAGACAUAAACAGUCUUAACCAAA